AUGAAGGAGAAGCUCUUGCUUAGGAAGAAGAAGGAGAAGUUUGGAAAAAGUUUCAAGAUCAACAAACCAUCACAUAUUUAUAAGAUUUGGAAGACACUUGAUUUGAAAUGGCAGACCAUGAUUAGCAUGAAGAUCAAAACUGCAAAGCCAAUCAAGGCCACACUUGAAUCGAUACAACAUGUCAACAAACAACGUCAUGAUGGCGCAUUAUGUCAUGAUGUCACCUUUUCUCUUGGACCAGAUGGCUCCAACAAACUUCCUAGGAAAUUCAAAGAAUUCAAAAUGANUUCACAAACCAAAAUUUUUUCUCUUCACCAAUACAGAGCGUUACUAAUAACAACAGUUUCAUUCAAGCUGGCGAUCAAUAAUCAAGAAACAAGUGUCCGUGAAUUCAAGCCUAAGAACAGGCGAAUCAUGGGAGCUGGAGGGCCAGAUGAAGAGGACAAUAGGUGGCCACCAUGGUUGAAGCCAUUGUUAAAGGAACGUUUCUUUGUUCAAUGCAAGUUACAUGCUGAUUCCCACAAGAGUGAAUGCAAUAUGUACUGUUUGGACUGUAUGAAUGGCGCUCUCUGCUCUCUUUGUUUAUCUCAUCACAAGGAACAUCGUGCCAUUCAGAUAAGAAGGUCAUCUUACCAUGAUGUGAUAAGGGUGAAUGAAAUACAGAAGUAUUUGGACAUCACUUCAGUUCAGACCUACAUUAUCAACAGUGCAAAGGUUGUGUUCUUGAAUGAGAGGCCACAACCUAGGCCAGGCAAAGGUGUCACUAAUACCUGUCAGGUUUGUGAAAGGAGUCUCCUCGACUCCUUCAGAUUCUGCUCUCUUGGCUGUAAGAUUGUUGGGACAUCACAGAAUUUCGUGGAAAAGAAGAGGGCGGCGGUGACAGCAGCAGCCUAUGACUCGGAGGACUCUUACAGUAGCAGCAACCAUAGCUGGCGAAACAAGGUUCAAAGUUUCAGUCCGUCAACGCCCCCUCAAACUUCGGUUAAUUAUAGAACAGCCAAACGAAGAAAGGGAAUUCCUCAUCGAGCCCCAAUGGGAGGAUUAGUUAUAGGAUAUUAAGUUAAUCAAGUCCAAGUUCAGUUGCUCCUAAUUAGCAUAUCAGCACCACGUACGUAUUACUAAUCAGAAUGCAGCUCCUCCAAUUCCCUUAAAACACUAGUGCUUUCUCACGAAAAGGCCAGUGUUUGAUAGAGCACUACUGUAUAUAGUUUAGUGCUACUAGUAUAUGAAGGGAAACGUUGGAGGGUGGAAGCCCGAAUAGGAAAGUGUGAAGGGGAGUUACAAGUUAGGAGUUGGGCUUAUAGUAAGCUAAUAGUAGUAUAAUACAUAGUAUGAUGGAAUAUCAGAUACUGUGACUCUUGGCUUGCUUUUUAGAGUGGUUAUACAUAUGUUUUGUUUGGUUUUUUUCCCCCUGUAAUCAAAAUGUAAAUAUACAGAUAUUUUAGCAGACGUGUCUAUCUAA